AUGCUCCGCCUACUCGAUACGCGCAGCUCCGUUACAACGGAUAAGCACUUUGGCUGUUUCGGUACAGGGUGGAGCAGUCGGGAGCGCGAGAGGGGGGGCACGAGGCGCGCGAGGAUGGGGUGCUGCCUGUCCAAGCCGGACGUGCUCGGCGCGUCUCAAAGCGGAGCCGCUCCCGCCAAGGCGCAGAAGGGCAGCGUAGUGGAUGGCGAGGCGCAAGCGGAUAAGGCGGAGGCGGGGAAAACGGUGAAAGCAAUUGACGGACUCGCGGGCGCAGCAGCAGGGGCGGUGGCGGGAGGCGAGGAGGCGAUGGCGGACGCGGAGGAGUUCGCGGACGCGCAGUCGGCGGCUGACGUGGACGACGACUUCAAGAGCGCCGGAGCAGAGUCGCUGUCGUCCGUGAGCUGCCUGAGCUACCAGAUCGAGUCGCUGCAGCCCUCCACGCCCUCCGCGCGCAAGAACCUCGACUUCCCUUCCCCUUCCGCGCAACCUAGCGGUGGGGAGAAGGCGGCGGAAGGGGGGAUAGCAGGGGAGGACGGAAAAGGCGUAGUGGUUGCGGUUGGGGAGGGGGAAGGCGGGGAGGAAACGGGUAAGGAGGUUCAAAGGGGCUGGGAGAAGGGGGACAAGGCGCAAGCGGGUGCGGAGGAGGCGGAGGAAACAGCGGCCGCGGAGGUAAGCGGCGAGGAAAAAGCGGCGGCCGCGGCGGCAUCGAUGGGGUGUUUGAGCGCGGUGGUGCCGGCGGACGGCGUGACCAUGAAUUGCCUGAGCGGCGGGGACAGGCGCGACGGGCGCGCGGACGAGGGGCGCUCCAUGUGGGCGGGGAUGGCGCUGUGGGGGAAGAAGGAGGGGGGCGCGGGGAAGGGGGAGGACGGUGCGACGAAGGAAAGCGCGGCAGCGAAGGAUGGGGAGGAGGUGGGCGCGAAAGCGGAAGGGGAACUAGCAGAGGCGGGCGAGGGAGGAGGGGAGGCGACGUGCUUCCCCAAGCUGAGGCGAAAAAGCGGGAAGGCGGCCGGCAGCAGCGGACACGUGGCGGAUGAGGAGAAGUUGGCGGACGCUGGGGGGGACGCGAGGGGCGAGGGGCAAGCGGAGGCGAUGGGGGAGGAGCAGGCGGGGCAGUCAGUGCGGCGGAGGGUGUUCGGGGAGGACAUCCCUGUGCACCCCAACGUGGCGCUCAACGCCUUCAUGAAGGCCCGUGAGUCCCGCCAAGCCCCCCGCCCCCCUGCCACGCCACGUCCCCUACUCCCACCCUUCCCUCCUCACUUCUCCCACCCCGCUCCCUUGACUCGUUCCCCUCCCUCUCCCGCUCGUCGCCCUCUCCCCACAGCCCGCAUUGUGCUUGUCCCCUCCCCUCCUGCUCUGCUGCCAACCCCUUCCGCCUUUACCUCCCGCGCCCCAGGCAUGGCGAUGGGAAAGGCCGCGGAGGCGCAAGGGAGGGCGGAAGCCAUGGAGGAUCAGGGGGCAGAGGCAGCGCAGGAGGGGGGGGGCGCGGAGCAGCGUGCGGAGCAGCAAGGGGAGGUGGAGAGGCGGGAGCAGCAGGGUGCAGAGGGUGAUGCGGUGGGGGGCUGUGAGGCAGCAGCGGAGGAGGAUGAGGAGGAGGAGUUUCUGAGCGUGGGCAGUGGUGAAGACGCGCAUUCCCUAGGGUCCGCACCAUCGCCCACCGCCUCUCCAUCGCAACCGCCCGCGCCCUCCUCGCCACCGUCCCUUUCCCCUGCUGCGCUCGCCACCCCCCUGGCCGCCAAGUUACCCCACGAGCUGCCACCUGUGCAGGAGUUGGACGAGGAAACAGAGGCAGGGCCAGGCGACGGCUCAUCCACGCCCCCUGCUGCGCCCGACACGCCCCCCCUCGCCCCCCCCCCACCCGCAGCGUCGCAGCUCACCCCCACCAUCGCCCCCUUGGCCUCCACGCCCGCCUCCGCCUCCUCUGCUUGCGCCCUGCCUGCCGUGCUGCCCCCUGCUGCCGUGCUGCCUGGCAAUGCGGCGAGCGAGGGGGCGGUGGCGGCGAUGGUGGGUGAGGCGGAUGGCAGCGCUGCCUUGCCUGCUGCCGCUCAAGAUGCUGGCCACAACUCACCUGCUCACAGUAGUGCCCUUCCACCCGCUGCUGCUGCUCUUGCUGCUUCUGCUGCAGUCACUGCCAUGACCACGACACUGGAACCACUUCUACCUGCAACCACUGAUGUUCCCCCCCAACCUGCUGCUCUUACCAAACCUGCUGCUUCCAUUUCCGAACCUGUUGUUCCAGCGGAUGCUGCUGCUCCCCCCGACCUAUCCACCCUCCCUUCGUCCACCGGUGCACACACUGCCCCCUCCGCCGCCUCCUCGCUCCCAUCUCUCAUCCCCAUCAAAAUCCGCCCCUUCUCCCUCUCCCUCUCCACCUCCUCAUCUGCUGCUGCACCCGCGCCACCCUCGCCCUCCCCCUCGCCCCGCCCCCCCAGCGCCCCCCCCGCGCACCGCCUUGUGUCCUUCCUGCGCCGCCCCUCCUCCCCCGGCCGCCAUGCCCCCCCGCGCCGCUCCUCCGACGCCUCCGCCUCCACCGCCGCCGCUGCUGCUGCCACCGCCGUGUUCCACGCGGAGGGAGGGGGGGCGGAGAGGAAGGGCGCGGACAAGGGCAGCAGCGGGUCUGCCACCGUGCCGCACGCGGUGCCCAUGUCUCCGCUGCGCCCGCCCCCCCUGCGCACGGGCAGUAGUGUGCUGCAGCGCUGCAACUCGCUGCAGCUGUCUGCCAUGUCGCCCCUGGGCGCCAACAGCCCCGGCCUCUUCCUCUCUGCCAGCGUGCGCAGCACAUCCCGCAAGCCCCUGGCGGGGCAGCUGCCGCGCCUCUCGCCCUCUGAGUACGCCGCGCACCUGGAGGCGGAAGCCACCGCCGCGGCUGCCAGCAGUGUGGGGCAGGGCGGCAGUGAUGCGGGCUCGUGGCAGGGCGAGGGUGGGGUGUCGUUUGCGCAGGGGGGCCAGGCGGACAGCCACAGCUGCACGCACUUCUGGACGCCCGUGGCGCCCUCGUGCUUCCACGUGCGCGGCCCCGACUACUUCUCCACGGCGUGUGAGCGGGCAGCGCACCCAGUGGCGCCAUACGUGGUGACGGCGGUGGACGUGUUCCGCGCGCCCACCAAGCUCACCCACGUCGCCCGCCUCGUGCACCUGCCCGGCCCCCUCUCCUCCUUCCCCCACGCCCAUGCCUCCUCCGCCGCCCCCUCCCCCGCUGCCUUCGCCCUCCCGCCACACGCUUCUGACGCCAGUAACGCCGCACCCAGCGCCGCUGAUUCAGCGGGGGGCAGCAGCGCAGUGGGCAGUGCGCUGAGUGCACGCGAGGUGGCGGCACUGGUUUCGGCGUGGCCGCCGUACCUCGUCAUCAACAUCCAGGCGCCCAUGCAGCUGGCGAGGCAGCCCCACGCGCACGAGGCGGUGGAGGCGCCCCCAGCGGUGGCGCAAGGGGGGCGCGCGGAGGGCGUGAGCGUGGUGCUCUAUGCGCAGAUCUGCACCGAUUUCUUCCUCUCUGCUCCGCCCAACAUGCUGCCGCUGCUGCAGGGCAUGGCGCGCGGCUUCAUGGCGGAGGGUGUGGGGGGGUCCGUGCCGUUCCGCGAGCGCGUCAAGCUCACCCUCGUCAAGCGCGCCCAGCCACACGCGGGCCAUGGCCAACGGGCGGGCGAGCGCGUGGGGGAGAGCGCGGGGGAGGGGGGGGGAGAGAGUGUGGGGGAAGGUGAUGGGGGGAAGGCACGGGAGGGGGUAGCAGAGGAGAGUGGCGUGGAGGAAGGGGAUGCGAGAGGCAAGGAGGCAGCAGUGAAAGCGGAGGAGGGGACGGCCGAGGGUGGCAGUGAUGGGAGCAGUGGAGCGGGGGAUGAGAGUGCGUCUCUGCUCGUGCAUCCCUGCCAGAUGUUCUUCCGGGUAACUCUCUCUGACCCACCUGCCCUGCUGCUCACCUUGCGGGUCAGCAGUGGUGCAUGUGUGACCCUGGGUCCCGACUACCUGGAGGUGGACGUCGACUUGCACCGCGUGCCGGACGACCGCCGCCACCCGCUGCUGGGCGUGCUGGCGGGGCUGCCCACCCACCAUGUGGACAUCGCCAUCGCCACUGCACUGCCAGGCGACUGCCCUGCCCUGGCAGCCCUGUGUCACUCUCCAUCUCCACGCAUGUGUCCCUCAUCAUCACUCACCCCUUGUCUCUGCACACCCCUCGCUUCUCAUGCAUCUCAACCUGGUGCCCCGUCCACUGGGCGUGGCGUGCGUGCCCCCUGGCAGGGCAACAAUGAGUGGGAGGUACCGGAGCCCGUGGUGGCGUGUGCCAGGCUGGGCCACAUCGAUGCUGACCUCCUCACCACCCUGCGCCACAUGCCCUGA